GAAAAAAAUAUCCCACCUUUGAGCCAGACCUGUCGCAAAGUUAAGCUUCUAUACCUGGUUGAGUUGAUUGGGAUUGCAUAGCACCUGACUUGGAGGGCAAUAUGGUCAAGUCAUACCUAAAGUACGAGCACGCCAAAUCCUUUGGUGUUGUCGCCUCGGCCACCUCCAAUCUCGUCUGGCAAUCCAAGGAUCGCAAUGGCGCCAGUGCCGGCCAGGUAGUCGUGGCUGCGAAUGAAGAGGUGCUGUGCUGGGAUAUCAAGAAAGGCGAACUCCUGAGCCGCUGGAAAGAUGAGCGCUGCACCGACCCCGUCACCGCGAUAGCCCAAAGCCGAACCGAUCCCGACUUUUUCGCCGUUGGAUACGAAGAUGGAAGCAUCCGCCUGUGGGACAGCAAGAUUGCGACGGUGAUAGUCAAUUUCAAUGGCCACAAGUCUGCCGUGACGAAGUUGGCCUUUGACAAGUCCGGAGUGAGGCUGGCGAGUGGUUCGAAAGACACGGAUGUCAUCCUUUGGGAUCUGGUGGCCGAAGUAGGGCAGUUCAAGCUGCGAGGACACAAGGACCAAAUCACCGGCCUGGCCUUUGUCGAGCCAGAACCCGAAGUGCAGGAUGAAGAUGGAGCGCAGGCGAUGGUGGUUGAUGGCGAGAGCGCCCACGAAGGGUUCCUCGUCACCACGGGGAAGGACUCUCUGCUAAAGCUCUGGGAUCUUUCGUCACGACACUGCAUCGAAACGCACAUCUCCCAGACCAAUGGCGAGUGUUGGGCGCUGGGAAUCUCCCCGGAUCUGAGCGGGUGCAUCACAGCUGGCAACGAUGGCGAGAUGAAGGUGUGGUCGCUCGAUUCCGCCGGGUUGGCCGCGAGCGCUCGCCAGGUCGAGACAGCCACGACACAUUUCCUACGAGAUCGAGGAACCCUCCAUCGCCUGGGCAAAGACCGCACGACCGAAGUUAUCUUCCACCCCAAGCGUGACUACUUUGUAGUGCAUGGCUCAGAGAAGGCCGCCGAGAUCUGGCGGAUGAGAUCAGAUGCAGAGGUUAGGAAAGGACUCGCAAGAAAAAGGAGGCGUCGUCGCGAGAAGACAAAGGACGCAAAGCAGGAGGAUGAGACCGUGGAGAAUGGAGAUGAAAAAGAUGGCGACAUUUCCACAGCCGACACCAGUGAUAUUUUUGUGCUCUAUGUCACGGUCAGGACCGGCGGCAAGGUUCGAUCCACGGACUGGGCGCACGGCAGCGGACACAAGGAUCUCAAUCUAGUCGUUGGGACCACGAACAACCAGAUCGAAUACUACACGACCCCAGUCAAAGAGAAGAGCGAUCGCAAGAGCAAAGAUGACGCUCCAGAUUACACCCGAGCUCUCUCGGUGGAACUGCCAGGUCACCGAACAGACAUACGCGCUCUGUCACUGAGCUCCGACGACAAGAUGCUGGCAUCCGCAUCCAACGGCACACUCAAAAUAUGGAACGUCAAGACGCAGAGUUGCAUCAGGACGUUUGACUGUGGCUACGCCCUUUGCUGUUCCUUCCUGCCCGGCGACAAGGUUGUCGUCGUUGGUACCAAGAGCGGAGAGUUGCAGCUGUUCGACGUUGCUUCAGCAUCACUACUGGACAGUGUCCAGGCACACGACGGGGCCAUCUGGGCACUUGCUCUGCACCCAGAUGGGCGCUCGGUGGUGUCCGGGAGUGCAGACAAGUCAGCCAAAUUCUGGAACUUUAAGAUUGUACAGGAAGAAGUUCUUGGCACCACACGGACCACAUCAAAACUCAAGCUGGUGCAAGCCAAGAUCCUGAAGGUGUCAGACGAUGUCCUGAGCUUGAAGUUCUCUCCGGAUUCGAAGAUUAUAGCAGUGGCCCUACUGGACAACACAGUCAAGGUGUUCUUCGUGGACACGCUCAAGCUAUAUCUCAACCUUUACGGCCACAAGCUACCUGUGCUGAGCAUGGACAUAUCUUACGACAGCAAGCUCAUUGUCACCAGCUCGGCAGACAAGAACAUUCGAGUAUGGGGUCUGGACUUUGGCGACUGCCACAAGGCACUGUUCGGACACAAGGACAGUAUUCUCCAGGUCGCUUUCGUGCCGCACAAUUCCGACGGUAAUGGCCACCAUUUCUUCAGUAGCAGUAAGGAUAAGACAAUCCGUUACUGGGACGCGGACAAGUUCGAGCAGAUCCAACGUCUGGACGGGCAUCACGGCGAAGUUUGGUCCAUUGCAAUCAGUCACAGUGGAAACUUUCUCGUGAGUGCGGGCCAUGACAAGAGCAUCCGGGUCUGGGAUGAGACAGACGAGCAGAUUUUCCUCGAAGAAGAGCGCGAGAAAGAGAUUGAGGAGCUGUACGAGAGCACGCUCACGCAGUCACUGGAGAAGGACGAGGACGUCGCCGACGACGACGAGAUCGGUGCCGCCAGCAAGCAUACCACCGAGACCCUCAUGGCAGGAGAGCGCAUCACCGAGGCCCUCGAGCUCGGCAUCGCUGACCUCAAUAUCAUGAAAGAGUACGAACAGGCCAAGCUCACCGACCCUCAUGCGCCCUAUCCUCAGCGCAACCCCAUCUUCCUAGCUCUGGGCAACAUCAGCGCCGAGCAGCAUGUGCUGUCCGUGCUUCAGCGCAUCAAGGCUGCUGCUCUGCACGAUGCCUUGCUCGUCCUGCCUUUUUCGACUGUUCCCAUGCUCUUCACAUUCCUCAACAUCUUUGCGAUGCGCUCCAUGAACAUCCCUCUUACCUGUCGCAUCUUGUUCUUCAUGCUCAAGACGCACCAUCGACAGGUCGUCGCCAGCCGCACGAUGAGGGUCAUGUUAGAUGGUAUCCGGAUGAAUCUGCGCGCGUCGUUGAAGAGGCAAAAGGACGAGAUGGGCGUGAACAUUGCAGCCCUCAAAAUCGUGGGUAUGCAGGUUCGGGAGGCGAGCGUCAAGGACUAUGUCGAUGAGAACUGGACAGAGGAGAAUGAUGAGAGGGGCGCAAAGAAGAGGACGUUUGUUGAUGUAGCAUAGAAGGCGCGGGCACUGGCGUUCAGGAUAUCACUAGCACGGUCACAAUUAGACCCAAUGCAUACAACAGUAGGAAUGGCACCUAUAAAAUAUGCGCAAGGGUUGUGUUCAUUUAAUUGUCAUUGCGACUCAUAAAGUUUUACACAUUGACACGUGAAUGAU